AAUAGUGGAGCACGCGUGCAAACAACAGUGCACGCUUGGUUGGGCUGUAGGCUGCACAGACCCAAACCCCCGGCAACACAAGACUCGAAAGUGCAACCAUGUCUUGGCUCUUUGGAUGGGGCAGAGGCUCCAAAACACCCCAGCCAGAAGAAGAGACACCAUCUGCACCUGAGGGGGGGUCGGGGGGCAGCGGUGGAGGCGACAAACCCAAGGACAAGUGGAGUAACUUCGACCCUACUGGAUUGGAGAGGGCUGCUAAAGCUGCAAGAGACCUCGAUAAAUCCCGUCACGCUAAAGAUGCACUGGCAUUGGCACGCAUGCAAGAACAAACAGUCCAGUUGGAUCAUCAAACUAAGUUGAAGGAAUAUGAAGCAGCAGUAGAGCAACUGAAAGCCGAACAAAUCCGUGUCCAGGGAGAGGAGAGGAGGAAGACCCUUGCGGAGGAGACCAAGCAAAACCAAGCUAGAGCACAGUAUCAAGAUAAGUUGGCGAGACAGAGAUAUGAUGACCAGCUACGGCAACAGCAACUCCUCAAUGAUGAGACUCUUCGCAAACAGGAGGAGUCAGUCCAAAAACAGGAAGCAAUGCGAAGAGCCACUGUUGAGCAUGAGAUGGAACUCCGACACAAGAAUGAGAUGAUGCGCGUGGAGGCGGAGGCCCAGGCUCGCGCCAAAGUGGAGCGGGAUAAUGCCGACAUCAUCCGUGAGCAGAUUCGCCUGAAGGCAGCCGAGCACAGGCAGACUGUGCUGGAGUCCAUCAAAACUGCAGGUGCUGUGUUUGGAGAAGGCUUUCAAGCGUUUGUGACAGACUGGGAUAAAGUCACGGUUACUGUGGCAGGAUUGUCUCUGCUGGCAGUGGGCAUUUACUCCGCUCGCAACGCCACAGGGGUGGGUGCCCGCUACAUCGAGGCGCGCCUGGGAAAGCCCUCACUGGUCCGCGAGACCUCCAGGAUUAGUGCCGGCGAGGCAAUAAAGCAUCCUGUCAAGACAACCAAGCGCAUGUUCAGCAAGGCCCAGGAUGCCCUGGAGGGAGUUGUGCUGAGUCCUACCCUGGAGGAGCGUGUUCGUGACAUUGCCAUUGCUACACACAACACUCGCAAGAAUCGUGGUCUCUACAGAAACAUUCUCAUGUAUGGACCUCCUGGCACUGGCAAAACCCUCUUUGCAAAGAAACUGGCUCUGCACUCUGGGAUGGAUUACGCCAUCAUGACUGGCGGAGACGUGGCACCCAUGGGCCGAGAGGGUGUCACUGCUAUGCAUAAAGUCUUUGACUGGGCAAACACAAGCAAGCGUGGCCUCCUGCUCUUUGUGGAUGAAGCGGACGCCUUCCUGCGCAAGCGAUCGACCGAAAAGAUAAGCGAGGACCUACGAGCUACCCUCAACGCAUUCCUCUACCGCACCGGAGAGCAGAGCAACAAAUUUAUGUUGGUGCUGGCCAGUAACCAGCCUGAACAGUUUGACUGGGCCAUAAACGACCGUAUUGAUGAGAUUGUCAACUUUGCCCUUCCUGGACUAUCAGAGAGGGAGAGGCUGGUGCGGCUCUACUUUGAUAGAUAUGUGCUGGGCCCAGCCUCCACAGGCAGACAGAGGAUGAAGCUGGCACAGUUUGACUAUGGCCAGAAGUGUACGGAUAUUGCUAAAUUGACGGAUGGUAUGUCAGGCCGUGAAAUAUCGAAACUUGGUGUGGCCUGGCAGGCGGCUGCAUACUCAUCGGAGACUGGGGUCCUGACAGAAGCCAUGAUUGAUGCUCGGGUCGCUGAUGCAGUCCAGCAACACAUGCAGAAGAUGGACUGGCUGCAUACUGGAGGGGCCGCAGAGGGCCUUGGCAAGGUGGGAGUCAUUUUGCCAAAAGAGGCUGUGGCAGAUAUCCCCGGUCAGAUAGGAUUCACUGCGGAUCAGGAGGUCCUUCCACCUGCCCAGGACUCUGCUCCAGUUAUUCAGCAAAUUCUCCCAGUUAUGGAGGCAGUCAUGGCUGAAGUGAAGGCGGCUGAGGCAGCCCCAGUCGUAGAAGCAGCAGCCGCUGCUGCUGCUCCUGCUGCCAAAGAGGUGGAGGCGCCCGUUGGAAGUGCCGUGGCUGAAUCACUGGUGCAGGAGGCCGAGGCUGCUGCUGUCAAGGAGCAAGAGGCUGCUGCAGCCAUUCCCAUUGUCCAGGAGGUAGACAUCACUGCAGAGGUCAAGGAAGUGGAGACUGCUCCUUUAAGUAAAGAGGAGCCAGCUGUCAUCGAUGCUGCCACAGAGGCUGCUGUUGCCAAGCCUGCUGAUGCUCCAGUGGCUGAGGUUGCCAAGGAGGCAGAAGUGCCAGUGGCUGAGGUUGCCAAGGAGGCAGAAGUGCCAGUGGCUGAGGUUGCCAAGGAGGCAGAAGCUCCAGUGGCUGAAGUUGCCAAGGAAACAGAAGCUCCAGUGGCUGAGGUCGCCAAGGAGGCAGAAGCUCCAGUGGCUGAGGUCGCCAAGGAGGCAGAAGCUCCAGUGGCUGAAGUCGCCAAGGAGGCAGAAGCUCCAGUGGCUGAAGUCGCCAAGGAGGCAGAAGCUCCAGUGGCUGAAGUCGCCAAGGAGGCAGAAGCUCCAGUGGCUGAAGUCGCCAAGGAGGCAGAAGCUCCAGUGGCUGAAGUCGCCAAGGAGGCAGAAGCUCCAGUGGCUGAAGUCGCCAAGGAGGCAGAAGCUCCAGUGGCUGAAGUCGCCAAGGAGGCAGAAGCGCCAGUGGCUGAGGUUGCCAAGGAGGCAGAAGCGCCAGUGGCUGAGGUUGCCAAGGAGGCAGAAGCGCCAGUGGCUGAGGUUGCCAAGGAGGCAGAAGCUCCAGUGGCUGAAGUUGCCAAGGAAACAGAAGCUCCAGUGGCUGAGGUCGCCAAGGAGGCAGAAGCUCCAGUGGCUGAGGUCGCCAAGGAGGCAGAAGCUCCAGUGGCUGAGGUCGCCAAGGAGGCAGAAGCUCCAGUGGCUGAAGUCGCCAAGGAGGCAGAAGCUCCAGUGGCUGAAGUCGCCAAGGAGGCAGAAGCUCCAGUGGCUGAAGUCGCCAAGGAGGCAGAAGCUCCAGUGGCUGAAGUCGCCAAGGAGGCAGAAGCUCCAGUGGCUGAAGUCGCCAAGGAGGCAGAAGCUCCAGUGGCUGCUGUUGCCAAGCCUGCUGAUGCUCCAGUGGCUGUGGUCUCCAAGGAGGCAGAAGCUCCAGUGGCUGAGGUCGCAAAGGAGGCAGAAGCUCCCGUGGCUGAGGUCGCAAAGGAGGCAGAAGCUCCAGUGGUUGAAGUUGCCAAGGAGGCAGAAGCUCCAGUGGCUGAGGUCGCCAAGGAGGCCGAAGCUCCCGUGGCUGAGGUCGCAAAGGAGGCAGAAGCUCCAGUGGUUGAAGUUGCCAAGGAGGCAGAGGCUCCAGUGGCUGAGGUUGCCAAGGAGGCAGAGGCUCCAGUGGCUGAGGUCGCCAAGGAGGCAGAGGCUCCAGUCACCAAGGAGGCAGAAGCUCCAGUGGCUGAGGUUGCCAAGGAGGCAGAGGCUCCAGUGGCUGAGGUUGCCAAGGAGGCAGAAGCUCCAGUGGCUGAGGUCGCAAAGGAGGCAGAGGCUCCAGUGGCUGAGGUCGCCAAGGAGGCAGAGGCUCCAGUGGCUGAGGUCGCCAAGGAGGCAGAGGCUCCAGUGGCUGAGGUCGCCAAGGAGGCAGAGGCUCCAGUGGCUGAGGUCGCCAAGGAGGCAGAGGCUCCAGUGGCUGAGGUCGCCAAGGAGGCAGAGGCUCCAGUGGCUGAGGUCGCAAAGGAGGCAGAAACUCCAGUGGCUGAAGUCGCCAAGGAGGCAGAAGCUCCAGUGGCUGAGGUCGCCAAGGAGGCAGAGGCUCCAGUGGCUGAGGUCGCCAAGGAGGCAGAAGCUCCAGUGGCUGAGGUCGCCAAGGAGGCAGAGGCUCCAGUGGCUGAGGUCGCCAAGGAGGCAGAGGCUCCUGUGGUUGAGGUUGCAAAAGAGGCAGAAGCUCCAGUGGAUGAGGUCGCAAAGGAAGCAGAAGCUCCAGUGGCUGAGGUCACAAAGGAGGCAGAAGCUCCAGUGGCUGAGGUCACAAAGGAGGCAGAAGCUCCAGGGGCUGAGGUCACAAUGGAAUCCUCAGCAACUUCCACAGACACUGCCCUUGCUCAGGAAGCCCAUGGUACACCAACCCCAGCUUCCCCUGCUGCUGAGACAGAACCAGAGGACAAAAACAAGCCCAAACCAAAGGAUAAAGGGAUUGCAACACUGACUUAAAUGGCCCCUCUCACUGUUGUUGACUUGGAAGAUAUACAAAAUAUCUCAUGGAUCAAAGCCUACUGCAUACAAUAGAAAAUAUAUGCAGACGUAUACAGCACUGCCUGAGUUUUUUUCCAAGUUUCUUUUUAUGUGUUGAAUACAAAUGAGCCACUUUAUCCUAGACCAGUAGACAUGAAACCAGUGUGCCUUCCGAAAUUCAGUGAAUGUCAUCUACCACCGAAAAAUGAUGUAAACAUGCUUGGUGGGUUUACCAGGGCCUGAAACUCUUACUCUGUUGGAAAGGCAGAUUUUUCAAAUGGAAACAUUUUGCCAUAUUGCCAGCUACUAGUGUAGGGAAGGUAUCCAGAAGGCAUGUUUUCUUAUGCUGUUCAGAAAGGAUUAUGGGUUUCACUGUCAGCGUUUCCCUCAUGGCACCUUUUGUGAUUAUACCUGUCUGAAUCUCCUCACUCCUCUCUCUCACUUUCUUUCAGUCGGCCCUUUUUGAGUUAUGUACUGUGUCAUGGUUACCCUUGCAUGGUAACUACAAGUAAUGUGAUAAAAUUACAUGUAUUAUAUGAAACCCAUACUUUGAAAUGUAUGUUUCAUUGUUACAACAGAUUUUUUCUUUUGUUCUGUCAUAAUGUGAAAACUGAUUUUACAGUUUAAUUUUCAAUUCCAUUUUUCUCAAGGGGUCACCAGUGUAUCCUAUUUAUGGUUGUAUGUGUUUAUUGUCAGAUGUUAUAGUGUUUUUCUGAUUUCAGAAAAUAAUUUGUGCCUUUCUUUGAUUUGUUUUUUUUCUGGUAUGAACUGAUUUGUCUAAAUGGUUUUGAUAAAAUGUAAUUAUUGCCUCUUUUGAAAAUAAAUGUCUUUACAGCCAACACUAACCACCUCCACCCCUCCUUUGCUUAAUUUCUGCUAUAGUGCAUCAGAAAUAACCUGUCCCAACAACAGGUGUCACUGUUGUGCUUCAAUGGCACUUUUAAUAAAACAGACAUUUUAUCUUCACAACAGCAAUGUCUGGACAUUGAGAGGAAGGG